GGCUCAUGAAAACUAAUGUAUUGAGACAAAGGAAAGGAUCUGGCAGACAGCAACAUCUAUUAUCCUGGGCUUGGCAGCAAGGAAGAGGACAAGUAGUGGAAUUCCUGCAAUCUGAAAACCACACUGAAAGGUGACAUAGAAGCUGAACGAUGGGUGGCGGAGAGAGGUAUAACAUUCCAGCCCCUCAAUCUAGAAACAUUAGUAAGAACCAACAGCAGCUUACCAGACAGAAGACUAAGGACCAGAAUUCCCAGAUGAAGAUUGUUCACAAGAAAAAAGAACGAGGACACAGUUACAACUCAUCAGCAGCUGCAUGGCAGGCUAUGCAAAAUGGCAGGAAGAACAAUUUUUCUAGUAAUCCAAAUUGGAACUCUAGUCUAUCAAGUCGCAGUUUGCUUUUUAAAUCUCAAACUAACCAGAACUAUGCUGGAACCAAGUUUAGUGAGCCACCAUCACCAAGUGUUCUUCCCAAGCCACCAAGCCACUGGGUUCCAGUUUCAUUUAAUCCUUCAGAUAAGGAAAUAAUGACAUUUCAACUUAAAACCUUACUUAAAGUACAAGUUUAAGAUGAAGUACUAAUAUUUAAAUUUAGCACUGUUUACAUAGUCAUGAAUUGGUCUGAACCAAAUUGACUUAAGGAGGUAAAACUUG